AAACCCAUUGCAAUGCCUGACCAACCAAACAGUGAAAAAUGUUUUCUGAUAUGUAAUCUGCAUCUUCCUUGCCUCAGCACAUUGGACAGUUGUGACCGUAACACUGACAGAUGAAAAACAAUGGCUAAGGAGGUAACCAGGAAACAAGAAAUUGCUUGAAAACAUUUCUUUUACAAGAGCACAUGAGAAUACACUGAUAUGUAAAGGUGGCAAGCUCAAAUUCAAGUUAAGUAUCAUCUUCCAGCUGUUUCCUCCAGGGGUGCGGCGGCAGCCGCCCCUAAGGCCAGACGGGGCGGGAAGGGAGGCAGUGCCUGUUGUCAGUGAGAAAUAGCCCCCAGGCGUCCCGAGCGGCCGAUGCCGAUGCCGAUGCCGAUGCCCCCGCCGCCGCCCCCUCAGCAGCCGCCGCCGCUGCCGGGGGCCGGGGCCGGCGCGGGGGGCGGCGCGGCCGAACCCGAGCUGGUCUCCAUGAUCGUUAACCACCUCAAGAGCCAGGGGCUCUUCGACCAGUUCCGCCGCGACUGCUUGGCCGACGUGGACACCAAGCCUGCCUACCAGAAUCUGAGACAGCGCGUUGACAACUUUGUUUCCAACCAUUUGGCAACUCAUACCUGGAGUCCUCAUCUCAACAAGAACCAGCUGAGAAAUAACAUUAGGCAGCAGGUUCUCAAGUCUGGAAUGUUGGAAUCAGGAAUUGACAGAAUUAUUUCUCAGGUUGUGGACCCAAAGAUCAACCACACAUUCAGACCUCAGGUGGAAAAAGCUGUCCAUGAAUUUUUAGCCACAUUGAAUCACAAAGAGGAGGCUGGCCCCAGUACAUCUCCAAGUGAGGAGAAAGCAGAUGCUUCUGUUACAGUACAAGGUGUCUCUGCUACAACUCCAAGUGCUAAUGUAGCUAGUGAUGCAAUGUCCAUUUUGGAAACAAUAACUUCUCUUAAUCAAGAAGCAAGUGCUGCCAGGGCUUCAACAGAGGCCUCCAAUCCCAAGAACAAUGACAAAGUUUCUAAAAAACUCUCAUCUCAGCAGAGUGUGGAUGGUAGCACUGAUAAAGAGAGAAAUGCAGAGGACUUGUCAGACAAAGAGAAAGCAAUUUGUGACCUUUCUGGAGAAGGGGCUGAAGCACUUGCAAAGUGUGAAGAUUUAAAUGAGCUUCCCUGCCAAAGUGAAGAAAUAAAAAAUUCAGCAAAGGAUACUAAUACGUUUACAUGUAAAGAUAUUCAACAGGAAAGUGAAGAUGUAAAGAGUAAAUUAUUGGAGAAAUCUGACAAGAAACCAGAGAGCAGCGAAAAAAGUGAAAGAAGAAAAGAAAAGAAGGAAAAGCUUGACAAGAAAUCUGAUCAUUCAAAGAAAAGUGAUGAUACUACGAAGUCAAAAGAAGAAAAGCAAGCAAAAGAGUCAGAACAAGUGAAACACUUAGUUACAGAAAAAAAUAGCAAUAAACAUAAAACAACUGAAAGCACUAAAGAAGAAAAUAUGUUAAUAGACUCAGAUAUGGAUGUACUCAGUGACAUCACGGUCAGCUCUGUCCAUACCAGUGACCUUUCUUCCUUUGAAGAGGAGAGCGAAGAGGAGCCUGUAAUUUCUGACAGUACUGAAGAGGGGGAGAUCACAUCAGAUGAAGAGGAGAAGAACAGUCAAAGUAAGACGAAGCCCCACGCAAACGAGCUGAGUGAUGGGAAAGCCAAGCCCGUUCGCCACGCUUAUGUUCGCAAGCCUUUCCUGUACUCCAAGUACUUCAGUGACUCUGAUGAUGAGAGAACCGUAGAGCAGCGCCGGCAGUCCAUUGCCAAAGAAAAAGAAGAGAGACUCCUCAGAAGACGAAUUAACAGAGAGAGACUUGAAGAAAAACGUAAACAGAAGGCUGCAGAAAAGACAAAAUCACUAAAAACUGGAAAUCAGAAUGCUAAAGGAAAAAGUGGCUUGCAAUCAGAAGAACCUUCAUCAAAAAGUCUAGAGUCAAAAACAACUGGUACCAGCAUUAAGGAUGUGCUUAAAGAGCAGAAAUUUUUGGAAAAAAAAGUGGCCCUGAGCAGAAAAAGAAAAAGAGAUUCAAGGCAUGCUGAAGAGAGCUGCAGAAAGAAAAAUGAUCCAUCUGAAGAAGAUUCUAAAGAAAUGCAAAAGACAAAUGAGACCUGUGAAAAAAAUUCUUCCAAAGAAUUGAAGCACAAUCAUGGAAAAAAUGAAAUCUGUAAACAACUUAGAAGACUUUCGGAAUGGGGGCAUUCAGCUGAGGAAAGCAAAAGUGAUUCUAAGGCAGAAAAAGAACAUAAAAGAAAAACUUCCACUUCUCUUCAGGCUGAAGGAGCUCAGCAGGACAGCGAAACAAGGGAUCCAAAAAAACAACUGGAUAAAGCAGAAGUCAAUACUGAAGAACCACAGAAGCAGAAAUCCAUAUCUAAGAAUGAAAAACAUCCCAGAAAAGAUACUGACACAGAUAUUCAACAUAUGAGAAAUUCUGCCAAAAAAGAAGCCAAGUCUUACAGAGAUAAAAAUGAAAAGGAAAGAACUGCUUUAGAAGAUAAGUUUCCUUUAAAGCACAAAUAUAAAGGAGAUGGGAUUCACAAGUCAGGUGAAGAUGUUGAACUUCAUUCAUUUGAGCGAAGUUUGAAAGGAGAGGAUGGUGGCCAGAAACAUAAUCAACAAAUAAAGGUUUCCUCUGAUGACAAAUGUGAAAGAAAAAGUAAACAUCGAAGUGAACGGAAAGUAUCAGUAACAGGGAAAGAUGGUAAAAACCCUUCUGAAUCAACCUUAAAAGCUGAAGAAUUGCUGCGGAAAGAAAACAAAAAGGACAGGCAUCUCUCAACAGACAAACCAAGAGCAGAAUGCAAGACCAAAAGGUCUUUGAGUGAUUCUAAGCCACAGAAGGAUUCCCUAAGUGCCUCAAAGCAACCUGGUUCAGCAUCACACAGAAGGAGUGAAAGCUACUCAGAAGAUAAACAUGAAAUAGAAUCAACUAACUCUGAUAGUAAUGUAAAACUUGAAGAUGGUGUUCAUAAAGAUAGACGAAGAUCUAAGAGCCUUGCAGAAGACAAGAUUUUAUUGAAGUCCAAGUCAAAGAGUCAUAGUAAACAGUUCAAAGCAUCUGAAACAGAAUUACAGGAAUUAACAAAACAAGACACUGGACAGAAACUAUACAAAGAUAAGAGCAUGGAAGACAAUGAUUCAGAUAAACAGCACAAAUCCAGGAAUGAAGAUAAAAGUUUGGAAGAGAGUGGUGCUGAGUUUCAGCUUGCAAGUGGCCCACAAUCAACUCAGGGAUCACAAAAAGACUUUAGUCACAGAGUUAAGUUACAUUCUGGAGAAAAAGGGGCAGUAAAAGAGAAGUACAGAGGUGAUAAAGAUUUAAAUAAUUCCAAACUAGAAAGAAGGUUCUCUGCUGAAAGUCAUAAAAGCAGAAACUUAAAGCACAGCAACAAGGAAAUAAAGAAGAAGGAAGAGAGCAUCAAAUUGGAAGAUAAAGAUACUAAAGAAAUGGAUAGUGGGCAUGAAAGAUUAUCUAAUGUCACAAUGGUAGUGGAUAAAAAACAAAGCAAGAAGGUAUCCUGUGAAAAUAGAAAAGGCAGUAUAUCAAACCAAGAUUUACUUAAGGAGGAAAAGCAAUCAACUGGCACAACUGAAAGCAGCCAGGUUCCAGCCCCUCAAAAGGCAGCUAUAAAUAAUGAUGACUUACAUGCUGGUCAUGAGGAAGAGCUGACUGAACUUGAUUUGAAAAAAACAAAAGCACAGGAAGCAUCUAACAUUGAUGGAAAAAACAUUCAAAACUCUCUCCAAGCCACAGAUGCCAAGUGUGCAGUAAAACAAAAAGGAUCUCGUUCUAUCUCAAAUAAGGAGUUAAAACACAGCUUGGCAGGUCCUGAAGCUUGUGAAUCACAGUUUCUGCCUGCAGCUGAAAAAACUGUUGAGCAAGAAGAUUCUUCUAAUAAACAAGUUGGUGCCUUAGACCCUCUGUCCAAAAAAGCUUCCAUGGCUCAAGGUCCCAGUAAACAAGGGGCUUAUAAAACAAAUAUUGUGUGUGAAACAAGUGGUAGAACCUUAAAGAAUGCAUCCAGUAGGGAUCAGGCUUCAAAGGAUAGCAGAAGACCAAAGAAUUUAAAAACUGUGAUAAAUUCUAAUUCAAAUGAUGUUCCUUUAGCAAUUAAUUCUUCAAGAGAAGAUGCUGCUGAUGCAAAGUCCAUGGAUAUGGAGAUCUCAGAUUCUACAGAUUCUUUAGGUACCAUGUCUAAAGAAUGCCACAAUUCAGAUGGGACUUCCUUAUUAGAAGAUGCUUUGCCUUUGAAGAAUGAUACAGCACAGGUUGUAUAUAUGGAGCAAGACCAUGUAGUGCCAAGUUCUGUCAUGAAAGCUGAUGGUGACAACACCAUCAUGGCAAACAGUAUGGAAAAAGUUAAUGAGGUGUCCCGGCCUGAUGAACAGGCAGUGGAAGACAGUACAGCUGGGUUACAUAGGCGAGAAGAUUGCAAUGAAGCAGCAAAGUCAGAAAGCUCUCAAAAUAGGAAGUUGAGAAGAAAAGAGGAAAACUUGAUGUCUGGCAUAACUGAAGAUCAUGGAAAUGUAACAACAAAAGAACUUACCCCAAGAAGAAAAGGAAGAGACUGCUUGAAUAUAGAUCCUUCCACAAAGGGAGAAAGAAGCUCAGUGAUGGAUAGUGUGGAAAAGAACAAGGUGCAUAACACAGAUGAUAUGAUCCAGUCUUCCUCUGUUUUAGUGCCUGAAGGAGGUCCUGAGGAAAGUUUCAAAGGCUCUGUUACAGCCAAUGUGCAAGAAGGAACUAAUGUGGUUGGCAUGGAAGACAAAAAUGAAAGCAAUGCUGUAGGUACCAGUGCAGGAAGUAGUAAACUUAGUUUGUUGUAUAGCAGCCUACAAAAAACUCCUGCCAGCGUGAUAGGAACUAGCACAGAAAAGAUCAUUGAGAGCACUGCAAUGGCAACUAGUACAGGAGGAGAAGGAGCUGAGGGGACGUCACAUUCUGGAAAGGAUGGUGAUGCUACAACCACUUGCUCAGAAGAAAGUGAGGUGACAGUAAUCUGCACAAGCAUAGAAGCUGAUGAAGGUUUCACAACAGGCGUAUGGGUAAAACCUAGUGAGGACUGCAGUUUUGUCACAGGAGCAGAUAUUGGUGACUGUACUGUUGCAGCAGCGGAAGAAGGUGGUGGCAGUGUUGUCACUGAAGGAUUAGCAGAAAGUGAAAGCUUCCUAACAAGUACAGAAGGAGAAGAAAAUGGUGACUGUACCAUGGUUGCAGAAGAGGGGGGUAAGGAUUCAGUGAACCCAAGUGGAGUAGAAAUUGAAGACAGUGUAAACAGUGCUGGGACAGAAGAAAAAGAUGAUGCUGUGACUAGUGCAGGCUCCGAAGAAAAGCAAAAGACCUCAGCUUGUGUGGAUAUAGGCAAAUUUGAAAGUUCUGUGUCCUGCUUAGGUGAAAUGGAGAGUGAUGGAGCUGUAACUAGUGCAGGGACAGAAACAGGUGAAGGGUCAACAACUGGUGAUAAUUCAGGUGAAUUUAGGGGCAAUGUGACAGCUGGCCAAGUAAAAGAACAUGAAGGUACUGUGACUUGCACAGGUGCAGAAGAAAGAGGUCAUAACUUCAUCAUCUGCUCUGUGACUGGUACAGAUACCCAAGGAGAAAACACUGUAACUGGUGCAUGUGUUGCAGUGGUCACAGACAACGAUGCCACAGCUGGAACUAGUAGUGACAAAUCUGAGGAUACUGUAACUGGUGAAAGUGCCGUGACCAGCACAGGCAUAACCCCAGAAGAUGAUGCUGAAAUUUCAGCAGUCUGUACAGGGCUAGAAGACAGCAACGAGGGAUUUGUAGUUUGUUUAGAAACUGAAAAAUGUGAAAGUCUAAUGGACAGUACAAGGGCAAAGGAAGAAGCCAGUAUCACUACAGUCAGUGUAGGUCUGUGUGAUGAUGAAGGUUUUGUGACUAGUACAGGCUCAAAAGAAGAGGAUGAAGAAGGUGAGGACAUUGUGACCAGUACAGGAAGAGGAAAUGAAGAAAAUGAGCAUGCUUCUACUUGUACAGGAGUGGAAAGUGAAAAUGCACUAAUUUGUAUAGGUGCAGAAGAAGGUGAAAGUUCUAUUAUCUGCAUAGUUGCUGAACAAAUGGAAGCUGAGUCAGGAGUGGCUGGCACAGAUGUAAAUAAGCUUACUGUUGACAGCAUGACAAGUGCAGAGAAAGGAGCUCAUUGUGGCACAGACUGCAGAAAUGAUAAAGGCAUUGUUGAAAGCAGCGUGACCAGUGCAAGUGCUGCAGACGAGGGUGCCUUAGCUGCACAGACAGGAAAGUGUGAAGGUACCUUGCUUCCCUCAGAUGCUGGGGAAUGUGAGGGUCCCAUGACUAGUGCUAUGGCAGUGCAAGAUAAGACACAGUCUGCUGCUGAAGACAAACAUGAGAAUGCCAUGACUUUCUUUGACAGCAGAGGACUUGAUGCCUCUAUAAGCAGUGCAGUUCCAAAGAAGGAUGAGACUUCUCUUACUCCUGCUGACAGAGAAGUAAAGGUAAAAGGUGAUGCCAUCUCUACCAGUACAGUGGAAGAUGCUCCUUUACAUUCAGCCACAGAUGCUGAAGAAGGUCCGCUUGCUGUUGCAAGAGUAAAUGAAAGUGGGGAAAACUCUAUGAUGUUAACAGACACUGAAGACACAGUGCCUAUGCCAAGCACAGCUACAGAGUUUAAAGAGUGUGUGAAUACUUACAGCAGUAAGCAGGAGAAAGACGAGUGCACUAUGAUUUCCACCAGUAUUGUGGAGGAAUUUGAGGCUCCAAUGUCAAGUGCAGCUGUUGAAUAUGAUGGUCAGCUCCCCUCUGUGAAAACAGAAGAAAUAAAUGAGAAUACUAUUGUAUCCGUAGAUAUGGAGGUAUAUGAAGUUCCCAUGCCUAGUGAAUCCAGUAUGGGAGGAGAUGAAAAUGGUGAUGAUGGAAGUCACCCAACUGCUAGUGGGAAGGAAGAAAAGGAUGAGUGUGCUAUGAUUUCCACAAGUGUUGUGGAAGAACAAGUAAUCCUAAUGUCAAGUGAAGUCACAGAAGAGGUGAUUCAGCACAUCUCAGACACUGAGUCAAAGAAUGAAACGCUAAUGAUCUCUACAAGUACAGCAGAAUGUUUUGAAGCUCCUAUGUCUAGUGUAGCUGUGCAAGAUGAAAACAAACUCACUGCUUCAGAAACAGAGGGAAGAUACGAAGCUGCUAUGAUCACUACAAGCAUGACAGAAGAAUGUGAGAUAGUCCUGAUCAGUGCAGCACCACAAGCUGAAAGUCAGCUCAUCGUAGCAGGAGAUGAAGGUCCUAUUCUCUCUCCAAAUGCAUCAGAGGAAUGCAGGGUGGUGGAGACCACUGCAACUGUAGAUGAACAAUUUGGACUAACUGCUUUCAAUGCAGACGGGAAAAGCAAAGGUUCUGUGAUUUUUGUGGGAGAAUGUGGAGCUCCUGUGCUAAGAGUUGCAACUGACAGUGAAGAUCAACACACUGCUUCAAAUAUAGAAGAUAAGGAGGAGGGGGCAGUGAUCACUCUGAGCACAAUGGAAGAAUGUGAUAGUCUCUUCACCUUCACAGUCAUAGAAGAAAGUCCACUUGCUGCUGAGAGUACAGAAGUAAAAGACAAAAGUGAAGAAAUUUUUAAUACUGCUAACCAGAUUGAAUGCAUCCUUUCAACUACAGACCCAGAAAAAAGCACAAAUUCUUUGCUUGUUAUUGGUAGAGAGAACAAGACACAUGAGAGUGGGGUGAGGACAGAAUCAGCAGCAUCUCAGGCCACAGUAGACAGUGAAAUCACAGAAACUGAUGAAAAUGCAGUGAACCUCAUGAGUGUAGAUGAGGGCCUUUGCGUGGAGAUUAGUACAGAGACUGCUGAGAGUCCUUCCCCAGAGGCAGGUGAGGACGAUGAGCAAGCGGAAGAUGUUUUGCAGGAGGAUGUUACAUCGGAACUUUCCAGUACGGUUUCAGAAGCAGCGAAAGAGAGUGAAGCUGUAAAGAAUGUAAACUGUAAAUUAAAUUCAAACGUACUACUGGAAAGUGACUUACCUGAAAUAAGGACUCCCCUGCCUAAGACACAGGCUCUUCCCUUAGUUUCUGCAGAUGAAGUGACUGUAAACACCAGCCAUGGUGAAGUAACAAUAGAAGCAGAACUAGGGAAGAAAAGGGACCUCACAUCGUUGCAUGUAGAAAAGCUAUAUGACAGUGAUGACAAAACCAACUUGGUCAAAACAGGUGAUACUGGCAUUGAAAUUACUUUUCAGAAAAGUAAUGCAACCUUUAAUUCAGGCAAUAAUGCAGCCGUACCAAAGUUGACAGAAGAACUAGAAAGUACCUUGAGAACUGACAAGUCACAACAGCCUGAAAGUGCAAGAAGUGAAGAAGGAUGUGUGGAUCUUCAGACUAAAGAAUUGCAAAAAGUUUCAGGUUCUCUGGAAUCCUUUCAGGGAGGUGAAGUAGAGGAUACUGUGAUACUUUUCAUUUGCUUAGCUUUCCUGAUUGUGUUGAAAUUAUUUUUACUAGAUAUGCUGCAGAGGAAUAUUCCUUUAGAAAGAGAAACUUCUCAUGUGGAAAACUUGGCUACCCAAAUAACUGAAGAACAUAGAUCUAGAGGAAUUAAAUGUAAAUCUUCAGAAACAAUGGAUGUAAAAAAAUGCAAACAGCAGAUUGCUCAGGAUGUGCUAAAAGAUGAUGAACAAAGUCAGUGUUCCAAAAUGAAACCUGAUAACAUCAAGGAAGUUAUUUCAGGUGAUGCAGCAGAAGUGUCCAAAGAAAUUGAUGUAACACAAACACCUUCUAGAAGUACUGUGGAAGAAAAAGAUGAAUUUAACUUUGAACAGGAAAUGUCUGAAAAGAAAAAGCACAGUCCAGAAUCAAAUGCAAAUUCUCCAGAGGAAAAUCAGCCUGUAGUAGUGAAACGCAAAAGGGGACGGCCUCGUAAAUACCCUCUUGAAGCAGUACAGCCUGGUGGUGGGGAGUCAAAAGCUGAUAUGAGCACUGGGAAUCUGCAGUCUUCUACCUUUGCAAGUAGAGGGAAAACACCUCAAACAGGUACAGACAUAUCUAAUAAGAAAGAAACAACAAAUGAAGAUGAAGCUGAGAAGGCAGAAAUGGUUGUGCGUAAAAGGGGAAGAAAGCCCAGGCGUUCUCUGGUUCAAUCAGAGGAAACGGAAACACUGGAGCCAGAGAAGAAACGUCGGAAAUUAACGUCUUCUGAAGAUGAGCUAAAAGAGCAAGAGGAAGGUGAGGAAGAGGAUGGUGAGGAAGAUGAUGACGCACAUUCUGGGGCCACAACUAGAUCAGCCACAAGAUUAGAGGCUCAAAGAAAACAGACCAGCAAGCCAACCACACGUGCAACUUCUAAAGGCAGCAGUCCAAGUUCAGUUUCUCCUAGAAAACAACAGAAACUAGCAGCUAAGAAAAGAUCUCCAAGUGAUACAAAAAUUAAUAAAUCUCCUCCAUUGACACAGUUAAAGGUGCAGUCUGCCAAGCGUAAAAGGGAGGACAGCCCAACAGUGGUACGGAGAAAAGGCCAGCAGAAAGCAGAGGAGACGCCAUUAAAGAAAGCAAAACGAUAAUCUUUACCAGCCAGUACUGUUCUUGGAAGAGUCAAAAGGAAAACAAACAUCUGUGCUUCUAUUUUUUUUAAAGCAAAGGGAUUUGCACGUGCUUGUUUCAGAGCUCUAAGUUAAACAAUGCAGUACUUUUAAGUUACAUUUUAAACAGCUUUAUAAACUAUUGUUUAUACAGAAUAUUAUGUACAUUUAUUUCAGAUGAAAAAUAAGUUUACUUUGUAUCUGAAUGAAAAACAAAGUAGUUAUAUAUUUUAUCACUGACUUGGAAAGUUGGAGUUUCCCAAUGUGACAUGCUAAUGCAGAUGCUUCCAGCCCAUAAGGCACCCAUGUGCCUACUAAUACUUUGUACAUAAACUUGUAAAAAUAGGUUGUAUUUUACUCUGUGUAUGAAUCUGAUCAAUGAUGGACAUUUUAUUUAUUAUAUGGAAAGCAUUGGUCUGUAAACUUUAGUAUAUAUCUUAGGGUUUUUUAAUUAUAUAUUUUACAUUCUAUGCAGAUGUCAGUAGGAAACUUCCCCUCUGCUCCCCCAGGGCUGUCUAAAAUCUGAAGUUCUCUAAAAUAUGCUCAGACAGUUGGUGAAAUACUUUUCUCGCAUGCAUUAAAGUAGUUUAGCAUAGUGAAAGGGACUUGGCUCCUUUCUGUUCACUUUUGUGGCAAAGUACGGCAUUUAAAAUGUAAUCUUACUAGAUUAUAUUUUCACUUGGAAAUUUACUACCAACUUCAAGAAAUAAAUAGUACUAGGUUAGAUUUAUUCACAGUCAACCAAUACCACCCUGAAAUGAAAGUUUUAUUUUGCAACUAAACACAUGUUCUUUCAGUAUUUAUCUUUUUCAACAAAGAGGGACCCAUUGAAAUCAAAUGUCACUUCUCCUACCUAUAGAGCUUCAGCAUUUUAUGUUACAUUUUAUACACAGGUAUUAAAAACAGAAGCUGGUAUUAUUGCCAGAAUCUUUUUUUAAUGUAUAUUAACUCUGGUAAGAGCAAAUGUUCAAGUGAAGUUGUAUAUAAAGUUAAACUUUUCUUAUGAUCAAAUGUGUCUCUUGUUAUGAUGUGAUGAAUUGCCAAACAAUCUGAGAUUAUUUUAAGUGUUUUGUUGAUAUUCUGGUUUAUAAUUAAAAAAUAUUUUGGGGGUUGGAUUUU